AGCUUUGAAACCAGCAAAGCAAUAAUCAAAGAGCAGAGCUGUUUUGAGGAAUACAACGAUAAAGCAGGGCAGAAUUUCAGAGUGGGAUAUCAGGUCUUUAGUGUGAAGAUACGUCUACGCCAAACCAGGAAUCAUUGACAGUUACAUUUGGACAACAAAAUUUAGCAAGUUAAACUGUGAAGGUUGAUCAUGGAAAUCAAAGAGGAAGGAACAUCAGAAGAAGGCCAACACUUUCUUCCCACAGCCCAGGCAAAUGAUACUGGGGACUUCCAGUUCACAAGUAUUCAGAAGACUCCAGAUGAACCACAGCUGGAAUUCAUCCUUGGUGCCGUCCAGUUGGUUCCGACUCAUAGCGACCCAUGCAAGGAUCUUGUGGCUCCUGUCCGUGAUCGGAAGCUGAAUACACUGGUGCAGAUCUCAGUAAUCCACCCUGCAGAGCAGAGUCUGACAAGAUAUUCAAGCACGGAAAUUGUGGAGGGAACAAGAGACCCACUGUUCCUGACUGGUGUCACAUUCCCAUCUGAGUACCCCAUCUAUGAAGAGACCAAAAUAAAACUAACAGUCUAUGAUGUCAAGGAUAAGUCCCAUGACACUGUCCGAACCAGUGUCCUACCUGAGCAUAAGGAUCCCCCACCUGAGGUUGGGCGAAGCUUCCUGGGCUAUGCCAGCUUUAAAGUUGGGGAACUGCUAAAGUCAAAGGAGAAACUGCUGGCCUUGAGCUUGAGAACUUCAGAUGGUGGCAAAGUUGUUGGCAUCAUAGAAGUCAGUGUCGUGAAGAUGGGGGAGAUAGAGGAUGGGGGAGCUGAUCACAUCACGACAGAAGUGCAGGGACAAAAGUGUGCACUGGUAUGUGAAUGUACAGCCCCAGAAAGUGUGAGCGGAAAAGAUAACUUACCUUUUUUGAAUGCAGUGUUAAAGAACCCAGUGUGUAAAUUAUACAGAUUUCCCACAUCUGAUAAUAAGUGGAUGCGAAUCCGGGAGCAGAUGUCAGAGAGCAUACUUUCUUUUCAUAUUCCUAAGGAAUUGAUUUCCCUUCACAUAAAAGAAGACUUGUGUAGAAACCAGGAAAUAAAAGAACUUGGCGAGCUUUCUCCACACUGGGACAAUCUAAGGAAAAAUGUCCUUAGUCACUGUGAUCAAAUGGUCAAUAUGUACCAAGAUAUUCUGACAGAACUGAGCAAGGAAACAGGGUCUUCUUUCAAAUCAAGCAGCAGCAAAGGAGAGAAAACAUUAGAAUUUGUUCCAGUAAAUCUACAUCUACAAAGAAUGCAUGUGCAUAGCCCUCACUUGAAAGAUGCUCUCUAUGAUGUCAUCACUGUGGGAGCCCCAGCUGCCCAUUUUCAGGGAUUUAAGAAUGGUGGUCUUCGGAAACUACUCCAUAGAUUUGAAACAGAAAGACGAAAUACCGGCUACCAGUUUAUUUACUAUUCACCUGAAAACACAGCCAAAGCAAAAGAAGUUCUCAGCAACAUCAAUCAAUUACAGCCUCUUAUAGCAACCCAUGCAGACCUACUGCUUAAUUCUGCAAGCCAGCAUUCUCCAGACAGCUUGAAGAGUUCUUUAAAAAUGCUCUCAGAAAAAACAGAGCUUUUUGUACAUGCCUUCAAGGAUCAACUGGUCAGGAGUGCACUUUUAGCACUCUACACUGCCAGGCCAGGUGGCGUCCUUAAGAAACCACCCUCUCCUAAGAGCAACACGGAGGAGAGCAGUCCCCAGGGCCAACUCCCACCCAUGAGAAGGCAGGACUCCAUACCACACCAUUCAGACUACGAUGAGGAAGAGUGGGAUAGGGUGUGGGCCAGUGUGGGGAAGAGCCUGAACUGCAUUAUUGCCAUGGUGGAUAGACUGAUUGAAGGAGAUGUUGGCAGUGAAGGCAGCGGCGGCCACAGCAAAGACGGAGAAAAGGACCCUUUGCCAGCAGACUCCAUCACAUGUCACCCAAGGGAGGACUGGUAUGAACAGUUGUAUCCCCUCAUCCUUACCCUGAAAGACUGCAUGGGAGAAGUGGUGAACCGAGCGAAGCAGUCACUGACGUUUGUGCUCCUUCAGGAACUUGCAUACAGCUUGCCUCAGUGUUUGAUGCUGACCUUAAGAAGAGACAUCGUCUUCAGUCAAGCACUUGCUGGAUUGGUCUGUGGCUUUAUCAUCAAAUUACAUACAAGUUUGCGUGACCCUGCCUUCUUAGAGCAGCUUCAGACAGUCGGCUUGAUAGUACAAUAUGAAGGACUGCUAAGUACAUACAGUGAUGAAAUUGGAAUGCUAGAGGACAUGGCUGUUGGCAUUUCAGAUUUGAAGAAGGUAGCAUUUAAAAUAAUUGAAGCCAAAUCUAAUGAUGUCUUACCAGUUAUAACAGGAAGGCGUGAACACUAUGUGGUAGAGGUCAAACUUCCGGCUAGAAUGUUUGAGUCGCUGCCUCUACAGAUUAAAGAAGGACAGUUGCUUCACGUAUAUCCAGUACUUUUUAAUGUUGGAAUCAACGAACAGCAGACUCUGGCUGAGAGGUUUGGAGAUGUCUCUUUGCAAGAAAGUAUUAAUCAGGAAAAUUUUGAACUUCUGAAAGAAUAUUACAAGAUGUUUAUGGAAAAGAUGCCUCCUGAUUACAUUUCACAUUUUCAAGAACAAAAUGAUUUAAAAGGACUGCUAGAAAAUCUCCAUCAAAAUAUCCAAGCCAAAAAAAGAAAGAAUGUAGAAAUCAUGUGGCUGGCUGCAACGAUUUGUCGCAAACUAAAUGGUAUUCGUUUCACCUGCUGUAAAAGUGCCAAAGACAGGACAUCGAUGUCGGUGACACUUGAACAGUGCUCAAUCCUGCGAGAUGAGCACCAGCUGCACAAGGACUUCUUCAUCCGAGCACUGGAUUGUAUGAGAAGUAAUUAAAUCUGAAGUAUAAGCCGUAAUGGGAAGGAAAAAGUGCCUCAUUUACAAUGUCUGUCAGCAAGGACGUAUGUUAAUUAAAAAGCUAAGCAACAUUGUCUCUUUGCCACAAAGACUGACCCAGAAGCACACCUUGAAGUAUGGGAUAGGCCUCCUGAUGCCAGAAAGGAAUGUCAUGUGACAUACAGAGGGGUUGCUUCCUAUCUGGCGUGUCGUUAGCUUUUCCUUUUCAUUCCUGUAGUCUUUCAAUGGAGACGGUCCAUGCUUGCCUGCGUUCAUUCUAUGCCUGUAUGUGUUUCCCACUAAUGAGAGGUUUCUGAAGUUCUCUAUUUUACCCCAUUUCACAUCUCUUGGAAUUUUCAUUGUUCAAUGGAGUUCCAUCCUAAUUUUUGAUAAAUGUAUGACGAUAUCUCAGAUGUCUGACAUGAACAUCUCAGCCAAAUAAACCACAUUUGGUUGAUAGAAAAAACUUCUUUCAAAAUAAUCUCUCAGCACUAACAGAGGGAAAAUUUAGCAUCUGAGUAUGAAAUCUUCAAAUGUCCAUAAAAAAAAUACAAAUGUCACAAUCGAUGGAACAAAGGUGCUUAGUAAGGAGAGCAGGGGCACAUGAUGUUAUAGGCCAGACAGACCAGAGGACUAAAACUAAUGAAUUAAGAUAAAAUAGCUGGAAUGUGAAAUCACCACUUGUUUGUUUAAGCUGGAGCCCUGGUAGCGCAGUGAUUAAGAGCUGGGCUGCUAACCAAAAGGUUUGAAUCUACCAGCGGCUCCUUAGAAACCCCAUGGGGCAGUUCUACUCUAUCCUAUAGGGACAUUAUGAGUCGGAAUCCACUUGGCAGCAACAGGCUUGUUUUUUGUCUUUUUUUGGUUUAUUUAAGGUAGAAGUAAGGGAGGACCCUUACUUAGAAAGAUAAUUCCUACAAACUGGUAAAUAAAGGGAGCCCUAGUGGACCAGAUGUAAAGAGCUCGGCUGCUAACCAAAAGUUUGCAGUUUGAAUCCGUCAGCCACUCCUUAGAAACCCUAUGGGACAGUCCUUCUCUGUUCUAUAAGGUCACUAUGAAUUGGAAUCAACUCGACAGCAAUGGGUCAAUGGUAAAUAAAGAGUAUAUCUGUCAUAAACAUGUUAACCUGUAAAACCACAUAUUUUGGCAUUGCAUAAAGGUUAUUCAGAACUGACAUUAUUUUAAGCAACAUAUUUGCUCAUGACAAUGCAUAUCAGAGUUUUAUUUUUUAAUUGUUAAAGUAAAGUGCUAGAAUUUGCUCUAAAACACUGAAAAUCUUAAUUUCCAUAUCUUCAUGACUCUGGUGAUAUAUAUUUUUUUUAAUAAAUUUCAAAUCUUUCAUUUAUCCUUUGGGCUUAUAUAUAUGUGUGUGCUAUGUAAGAAUGUGAGAGUUUGUGUGUGUAUGUGUAUAUGAGUUUAAGGAAAAUAAAAUGUGUUCUUUUAUUUAAUUACUCACUUCUUUCCCUCUUUGGAUAUUCCAUCUUGCAACACAAGCCCACAGGUUUAUAAGCACAGGCAACAUGGCACAGUGAGUAAGAGCAUGGACUUGGGAGCCAGCUGAUCUGAGUUUGAAUCUAGGUUAUACGCCACUUACUAGCUGUAAGUUAAUAUCUUACUAUCUCUUAGUGCUUUAGAGACAAGUUAGUUAACCUCUUAACUGGUGCCUCAGUUUCCUCAUCUGUAAAACAGAAAUGAUAAUAAUUAGCAAUCACUUCUUAGGAGUGUCUUGAGGAUUAAAUGAAUUAAUAAGUAUAAAGAACAAUGGUUGGCACACAAUUAUCACUGUAGAAGGAGUUCUUGGGUGGUGCAAAUAGUUAACACUGUUGGCUGCUAACAAAAAUGUUGGAGGUUUAAGUUCACCCAGACACAACUUGGAAGCAAAGCUUGGCAAUCUACUUCUCAAAACGCAACCAUUGAAAACCCUGUGGAGCACAAGUCUCUUCUGACACACAUGGUAUCGCCCUGAGUCAGGAUCGACUCAAUGGCAACUAGUUGUUUAAUCACUGUAUAAUGUUUGUUAAAUUAAUAAAAAGUAAAUAUUGAGGGCUAUGAUGUUAACAUACUGAUCUUUCAACUACAGUAAAAUCUAGCUAAUUAUAAUAUCUGUAAUUUUAUGUUUGUGACUAUAUUAUGACAUGAGGUUUGACUCUAAUGCCAUAUAUUAAAAUAAUGUCUCCUGGCAACUCUUGUAAAUAAAGCUUCAAAUGCAAUGUUUUACCUGUUAAAGAAAAUAAGCUCUUUAAAUACUGCUUUACAAAUGUGCAUGUGUUUACAAGUACUGUGCUAAUUAUGGAUGGAUUUCACGUGUUCAUUAAAGUAAGCCAGGAUAGGUUUCUUAAAAACAUUUUUUAGAUGUUAAUGUGUAUAUUGUAUACACUCACAAAUGUCAUAGAAUUUGAGAUCAAGAAGUCACCUUAGAGAUUUAAUUAAAUCCUCUUCAUCUUAUAAGUAAUAAAAUUGAGCUCUAGAGAAUGUUUUGGCAAAGAUUACUCAGCUAGAGAGUAUUGGAGACAAUACUAGAAUAUAGGUCUCCUAGUUAUGCUUCAGGAGCCCUGAUGGGACAGUGGUUAAGAGCUACAGCUGUUAAAAGGUCAGCAGUUCGAAUCCACCAGCCGCACCUGGGA